AUAUCGUUCAGAGAUACACUCUAACACGUCCGAUGGGAAGACAAAUUUUGAUCGGAAGAUCGAGAUGCCGAGCGCAGUUUGGCAUCGUAUGUACAUGUGUUUGCGUAACCGACUAAGGUAAACACGAAGACGGUGUAAGAUCACGUCAACAAGCGAGGUCACGUGCGAGUCGACGUGUAAAGGUAUGUUCGAUGUAAACCAGCGUACGUAUACGCAAUCACGUACACACGUGUGAGCGCGCGAAAUGAGUAACUAAUGUACGCUUGUAUCCCCGAGUUGCGUGCACACCGGUAUUCGGGUGGUUACUUUUAUUAUUAACAGAUACCUUAUCUUCUCCCGCAAAGACGAUGCGUUUGUCUUUUCGCUCGAGGUAUACCGAGCCGAAUGUAAGUUUAGUGGUAGUUUUGCUCGCGGUUCCGAUUAACCGAUUACCGUAACAGUUGACCCAACCACGGUGUGCAUCAUGCCCUGCAGAAUUUUUCUGCUCUCGUUAACUUUUGUCGAACUUUUACGAAUACAACCAACCAGAGCACAAAUCUCAUGCUAUCAGUGCAACGUCGAUCCAUCGAUCAGCCAGUUAUCGAGCGACUGUACCGAUCCUUACGUUCCGUCUCCGCUGGACCACUUGCGUCCGUGUCCCGAAAACGAACCCCAGCAUUGUCUGAAAGCUACGAUUUUCUAUAACAACCAUGAUCUUACCGUUAGAGCUUGCGUACCAUCUCGAGUUCUGAAUUCUUACUGUUCGUCCGAUAAUUUCGAGACGUCUCAUCCCGGCGCUGAAAUAAGUUGUUACUACUGCGAUGAAGACGCGUGCAAUCGUUCGACACCUCGGUUGAAACCCUUCGGCGACCUGACGCUCGCUUUGCUCGGUGUUAUCGUAGCGAAUUCUCGUUUCGUUAUUACGAUCGGGUGGUAAGGAGCAGCGCAGAGUUUAUACGUACAUAUUCCCCUCGAAAGGAAGUGGUACGGUUGACUCGAGGCAAGAAGAUUGAGCAACGUUGGUGACCGUACUUGCGAGUUCCUUCGGACGAGCUGACCAGCCAGCCCCGAUGAUGGCCAACUUUACGAGUCGUGUACGAGGGAAGUAAGGAGGCCUUCGAGGUGCUUCUGUUAAUUUACUAACGCCGACAUCAGGGUUAAGUGAACGCGUGACCCCAACUGGUCAGUGACUACGAGCUUUACUACGAGAACUUUGGCGAUGAGUUUCACCUCGAGCGAUCACCCUGGAACAAGAAUCGUGGGUGUUCUAAUUAAAAUCGGAAAUAAGAACAGGGGAGACCGAAAGCUUCAGCGAAAGCUUCGCCCGAUCCAUUAUAUCCACUUUGGUAUUAUUCAGUUUUCCCAAAUCCUAAAAACUGCUUUCAUUAGACCCGCGUGAAACGUGUGCAGUACCUACUGCACAGAAGUAUAUUAUCUUGAGACUUUGGACAGUUUAAAGUGAAGUGAAUUAACGUUACGUGCCUCAUUAUAUCCAGUUAAGUUGCAGUUAAGUUAAACCGCGCACCGAGUCUCGUAGCGAGUACGGUUUUUUUUUUUUUCUUCUUUAGUCUUAUUUUUUACUUCCUUAGGAUAUAUUUGGUUUAGUGGGAUAUAAAAAUUGCCAAUGUCGUAUUUGUCGAUUAUACACGCAUAGGCUCGAUGGGUGAGUCUUCGAGAUUCCUUUGUAAAGAUAAUUAAUAAAUCACACCAAGAGUUAUUUAUAAACGAUAAUGAAUUUGUGUAAUUUCAAUUCCUCGAAGAGCACAGUUUGCUCAUUAUAGAUCACAACGCUCGUCCUGUGACGCCAGGAACUUUAUCGGUGCAAGAGAAACUUUCGCGGUAUCGUUAUUGACAAACCCUUUGAAUUAUUUCAAAGUACAUCGUGUGGAUCAAUCGCUCGGUAUAUAACAUAUACCGAGAAAUACCACUUCCGUCGUCGUCGUAGUCUGACCCUAAGAAAGUUAACGAACGUAAUUGUUAUAAUUAGAAUAAUAAGAAUACUGACCAGAGAAACGGGUAUGUUUUAGUCUCCCCAUCACAGAAAAAGACUUGGGCGGUGGGGGAGCCGAGCAUAAUACGGUACAAUAAUGCGGACCCCUGCAUCAUUUCGUUCUCCGAGAUCAUUGUUCAUGGUGCAGCAGAACGGCGAAACAUUCGAUUCGUAGCACGAGCAACGGAGUUUGAUUUUUUUCUCGUCAGUUUCGCGAUCGGUAACCGUUCGAUAUCAUCGAUUGAAUUGUCACGCAUUUAAACCCCCAGUGAAUAUAAAA